CCGCGCCGGGCCGCCCGCACGUCGCCGAGGCGCUCGUCGAGGCGGGACACGUCGCUCACUUCCGCGAAGCCUUUGCCCGCUACCUUGGCAACGACGGGCCCGCGUACGCCGAGCUGCGAUCAAGAUGAUUGCCGAAGCCGGUGGCAUCUCCGUGCUGGCCCACCCGUGGUGCUGCAAGAACCCACUGCUCGUCGUGCCUAAGCUGGCUGCAGCAGGCAUCAACGGCGUCGAGCUUGGUGGCUCGGACUUUCACGGCAUCGACCCCCACACGGAGCACGCGCCGGGCGACAUUCCGCUGCCGCGCAAGCACCUCGACAAGUUUUUAGCGGCUGCCAAGGACAUGUGGGCCGAGCCGCUGCGCAAGAAAAUCGCGGGUCUCUGCGCAGCACGAUCGUCUUGA